AUGAGUGCUGAUAAAGAAAUAUCGAUAUCGCGUGUCUAUGCUGAUGCAAACAAUCAAAAAAGUCGACAAUAUUGGGAUUAUGAAAAUGUUUCAAUUGUAUGGCAAACUCAAGAAAAUUAUGAAAUUAUAAAAAAAUUAGGACGUGGUAAAUAUUCAGAAGUUUUCCAAGGUAUUUCAUUAAAUGAUCAUGAAAAAGUUGUUAUAAAAGUGUUGAAACCUGUUAAAAGGAAAAAAAUUAAAAGAGAAGUUAAAAUUUUACAAAAUUUAGUUGAUGGUCCAUUUAUUAUAAAAUUAUUAGCUGUGGUGAGAGAUCCAUUAUCUAAAACUCCUGCUUUAAUUUCUGAAUAUGUUAACAAUUUGGAUUUUAGAUCAUUAUACCCAAAUUUAACUGAUUAUGACGUGAGAUUUUAUAUGUAUGAUUUAUUGCAAGCUUUAGAUUAUUGUCAUUCAAUGGGGAUAAUGCAUAGAGAUGUUAAACCUCAUAAUGUUAUGAUUGAUCAUGAUUUGAAAAAAUUAAGAUUGAUUGAUUGGGGGUUGGCUGAAUUUUAUCAUCCGGGUACUGAAUAUAAUGUUCGUGUUGCUUCAAGAUAUUUUAAAGGUCCUGAAUUAUUAGUUGAUUUUAGACUUUAUGAUUAUUCUUUAGAUUUAUGGUCUUUUGGUGCAAUGUUGGCUUCAAUAAUCUUCAAAAAAGAACCUUUCUUCCAUGGGAAAUCAAAUACUGAUCAAUUGGUUCAAAUUGCAAGAGUUUUAGGAACUGAUGAAUUACAUGAAUAUUUGAAAAAAUAUAAGAUUCAAUUAGGUACUGAAUAUGAAGAUUUAGGUCAUUAUGUUAGAAAACCUUGGUUUAGAUUUGUUAAUCAAUCAAAUGAACAUUUAACAAGUGAAGAAGCUAUUGAUUUCAUUGAUCAUUUACUGCGAUAUGAUCAUCAAGAAAGAUUAACUGCAAAAGAAGCAAUGGCUCAUCGUUAUUUUGAUCCUGUACGUGCACUUAAACUAGCAAAUAACCCCCCAAUUAAUACUUGA